GGCUCAGAGAACGGUUUGGGGCGUUAAAAGCAUCCGCCAAACCGUGAUGGGCUAUGGAGAUGGCGGCACCAUGCCCGCCAUUGCAACUGCGGAGAAGGCGGAGGAUGACAUGAUGCUGGAGCAGGUCGUGCUGACUGAUGGCACAGACCUCAAGAUGCUCCGAAGUCCAAAGAUGAGCGAAGAGCAGUGGCAACAGACCAAGAUGUAUCUUCAAAACAACCCCGCAGAGACCAAGAAGCUUGUUGAGCAUUCGACCAACCCGGACAAGAUUCGGAGGCAGAAGAUGAUGAGAGCCAUGGCCGAUGUUUGGCAAGAUCAAAUUGACAGCAGCAACGAGGACUUUGCCAAGCGGAUGAAGGAGUUGGAGCAGGAGCCAGAAUUUGAAGCCUUGUUUGCAUCCAUCAAGGACUACCAAGUCCAGCAGAUACGGGACCACCUGGAAGACAAAGAGCUGAUGCAAAAGAUCAGCAACAAGAUGGGCGGAGUCCCAUCUCAGGCAUUAAGAAAUGCGGAGCGCAUCCGCAAAACACCGCUGACACUCCAAGAGGCCUGCAAAUUCGGGGACCUCCGCGCCGUGCAGCGUUACCUUUCAGAGACUGAGGCUGCUGGUAAAAGAGAUUUAGAGGCCAAAGAUCAGCGUGGCAUCACUUGCCUAGGCUAUGCUGUGGGUGCAAAUCGAAUGCCUGUCACUAUGCUGUUGGUCGAGGUGAAAGCAGACAUCAAUUGUGUGGACAAGUCCCAAAACAGCAGCCUUCAUUAUGCAGCAGCCUAUGGACGGCAGGAGAUCCUGGAAUACCUAGUCAGUCAGGGGGCUGACUUCAACAAAGCCAACGCGAGUGGUCAGACACCUUUGGGCGUGGCGAUCAAGAACGAACAGCGAGGAACCCCGAGGAACUGCGUUUGAGAUUGCGAGAUUCUGCCGGUGUUGGCAUUCCUGUGUCGUUCACCUGUAUGGAGUUUGUGCCGAGCAGGUUUUCCUCGAUGACACUGUGUUGGGUUUUGCAGUUUUGCUCCUUUCAAUUUGUCUUCCACCGUUUGUUGGGUUGGGAUGUAUGUUUUAGAUGGCAGCUUUAUCUCCGAGCUUGUUGGCCCCUACCAUUGCGGUGGUGGCUUGCCUUCACAUUGUCUCAAACUUGGUUCCGCUGUUUUCCAUUUGCUUUCCACUGCACGUGCCACCUGCGGCAGCCGUUUACAGAUGCUUAGGGCUUAUGCCUUUGGCUCGGCAUGGAGUCAACCACCUUGUUUGUUUAAGGCCACAAUUGAAGUAUGUUCAGUUUCACAUUUUGCUCCAACUGCGGCAGUGUCUCUGUAGACAUGCACAGCAACUAACCUGUUCAAAGAAAGAUGCACUUUUCUUUUCCGAGCAAGUCCAGGUUGGAGGCCAUCGCUAGGCUGGAGGCUAUCGCUAGUAGGUUGGACUCAGUAAGUUCCUAUAUGGGAAGUCGGCAGACCGGUUGGACUUAGUAGGUUGACCUCUUUGUUGGAGCUGUGGGCCGAUUAGAUGGUCAAUCAUUGAUGGUCUUGGUAAGCACUUGAUGGGGCUGUGGCUUUGUCUUCGUAUUUUGCGGCGCUGAACCUUCAACCUCUCCCCUUCCCACUAGACGCUAGUGCGCAUGUAGGACUCAACUUUCUAGCGUUGUCUUCCAUUUGCCUUCAAACUUGUGUCACCCUUCCUCCCCGAUCCUUUUUCUGUCAGAGAGUUGAUGCUCUGUGUCAUGAUGUCGCUCUUGGCAUGAACUGGUGAAUAGUCCUGUGGUCUGUCAUGCUUGGAAGCGUGAACAGGCCAUUCGCCCCGUUGCAUGUCAUGCUGUCACGCUUGGUCGCAUUGCACGCUAUGUCGGCACGGCAAUGCUCUUUUAUUUUACUUGUCUUUGUUCAUGUUUGUUAUGCGCUUCCCAAGGGUUUUGAUCUCAUGGGCAGAACGGAUGGCUUGAGACCAACUUCUGUUUAGUACGUAGUAUGUGGUGAUCAAUUUUUGUUUUGGAGUGGGCAAACUCCGGUCAUGGCCAAGCAUCUUCAUCCUCUUUUGGGAUCGACUUAGGCUAAAGAUUGUGGACUUGCUGAAGAGCAAGGGCGCUCGAUGAGCCUAAGAAUCUCAGGGCCAAAGCAAGCUCGAGUGUCAGCAGACCGCAGGCCCUUGGCAACAUGGAGGUUUGUGAUUCUGUGCCGCAGC